UGGUGUCCCAGCCUUGCCCGAGACCCGGCCUCCUGAGGUCCCAUCCUGACCCUCCGCCAUCACACAGCCAUGCAGGGGGCCUGCGUGCUGCUGCUGCUGGGCCUGCGGCUACAGCUCUCCCUCGGCCUCGUCCCAGUUGAGGAGGAAGACCCCGCCUUCUGGAACCGCCAGGCAGCCCAGGCCCUUGAUGUGGCUAAGAAGCUGCAGCCCAUCCAGACAGCCGCCAAGAAUGUCAUCCUCUUCUUGGGGGAUGGAAUGGGGGUUUCCACGGUGACAGCCGCUCGGAUCCUAAAGGGGCAGAUGAAUGGCAAGCCGGGACCUGAGACACCCCUGGCCAUGGACCAGUUCCCAUACAUGGCUCUGUCCAAGACAUACAACGUGGACAGAGAUGUACCAGACAGCGCAGGCACGACUACCGCCUACUUGUGUGGGGUCAAGACCAACAUGAGGACCAUUGGUGUAAGUGCAGCUGCCCGCUUCGACCAGUGCAACACGACACGUGGGAAUGAGGUCACAUCUGUGAUGAACCGGGCCAAGAAAGCAGGGAAGUCAGUGGGAGUGGUGACCACCACCAGGGUGCAGGAUGCAUCACCAGCCGGGGCCUACGCGCACACCGUGAAUCGAGACUGGUUCUCCGAUGCUGACCUACCUGCAGAUGCACAGACGUAUGGCUGCCAGGACAUCGCCACUCAGCUCAUCUACAACAUGGACAUUGAUGUGAUCCUGGGUGGAGGCCGAAAGUACAUGUUUCCUGAGGGGACCCCAGAUCCUGAAUACCCACACGAUGCCAGUGAGAAUGGAGUCCGGAAGGACAAGCGGAAUCUGGUGCAGGAGUGGCAGGCCAAGCACCAGGGAGCCCAGUAUGUGUGGAACCGCACGGCGCUCCUUCAGGCAUCCACCGACUUCAGUGUAACACACCUCAUGGGCCUCUUUCAGCCAGGAGAAAUGGCCUAUGACAUCUUCCGAGACCACACCACGGACCCAUCCCUGGAGGAGAUGAUGGAGGCGGCCCUGCGAGUGCUGAGCAGAAACCCUCGGGGCUUCUUCCUCUUCGUGGAGGGAGGCCGCAUUGACCAUGGACAUCAUGCAAACAUAGCUUAUCGGGCGCUGACUGAGACAAUCAUGUUUGACAAUGCCAUCGCCAAGGCUAGCCAGCUCACCAGUGAAGCAGACACACUGACCCUUGUCACCGCCGACCACUCUCAUGUCUUCACUUUUGGUGGCUACCCACUUCGUGGGACCUCCAUUUUCGGGCUGGCCGAUGGCAAGGCCAGUGACCACAAGUCCUAUACCACCCUCCUCUAUGGCAACGGCCCAGGGUUCCGGCUGAACAUGGGCUCACGACCUGACGUGAAUGAAAAGCAGAGCAUGGAUCCCGAGUACCAGCAGCAAGCCGCCGUGCCCCUAGGGAGCGAGACCCAUGCCGGUGAGGACGUGGCAGUGUUUGCACGAGGCCCGUGGGCACACCUGAUGCACGGCGUGCAGGAGCAGACCUUCGUGGCGCAUGUCAUGGCCUUUGCUGCCUGUGUGGAGCCCUACACCACCGACUGCCACCCUCAGCCCCCCAGCAGUCCCUCGGACACCGCCCAUCAGGCUGCCUGCCCAUCCUCACUGGCACUGCUGGUUGGGGCCCUGCUGCUGCUGCUGGUGCCCACCCUGCACUGA